AGCUUCUUAUUUACAACUAUCUUUUCUCAACUUUCUCUUCCCAAGUAUCAUCAUAUAAAACAUGGGUUUUCGUUUACCUGGUAUCAGAAAGGCGUCUCUUCGAGCAAUCCAAGCAUCUUCAAAAGUUGUGGAUGUGCCAAAGGGUUACAUUGCAGUCUAUGUUGGAGAUCAAAGGAAGCGGUUUAUGAUCCCUGUGUCAUACUUGAACCAACCUUCAUUUCAAGAUCUGUUGAGUCAAGCUGAGGAUGAAUUUGGUUAUGACCAUCCAACCGGUGGUCUCACAAUUCCUUGUGGAGAAGAUGUGUUCUCAGAUAUCACUUCUCGCUUCGAUAGCUGCUAACUGCUUGAAGAUGGAACUGACUUAGAUGUAGACAUAUACUUGACACAUUUUUGUAUCAUAGAUUCUUACCUUGAGAAUAUUUCCCUCUCCAUGUUUGUUGUCUGAAUUUGUAAAUGAAAUUUAGUCUGAAUGAGAAAGUUUGGGAAC